AUGGAUGUCAAUGGGCAUCCAAAACCUCAGCCCUCCCCAGAGACUCCUGGGCCUCUUGCCCUGAACUCUAGCACACACCUGGAGAACGAGAGUCUAGAGCAAGAUUCCCUCAGUAUGGUGGGUGACGGGCUCCUGCCAAAAACGGGUGCUGUGGUUAUUGACAUGGGCACUGGCACCUGUAAGGUGGGUUUUGCAGGACAGUCCCACCCCACCUACACGGUGGCCACCAUCUUGGGUUGCCAGCCCAAGAAACAGACCACCAAGGGCCGGUCAGAGCUGGAAACUUUUAUUGGGGAGGCAGCGCGCUCCCGGCCAGAGCUAAGGUUGGUGAAGCCUAUUCGCAACGGUAUUGUGGUGGACUGGGAAGCUGCCGAACUAAUAUGGCAGCACAUCCUAGAACAUGGUCUCCGAGUAUCCACCCAGGACCACCCUCUACUGUUUUCAGAUCCCCCCUUCAGCCCUGCCACCAACCGAGAGAAGCUAGUGGAAGUGGCCUUUGAGUCUCUGCACUCCCCAGCCACAUAUGUGGCAUCUCAAUCCGUACUGUCAGCCUAUGCCCACGGACGUGUUAAUGCACUUGUUGUGGACACUGGCCAUGGAGUCAGCUACACGGUGCCAGUUGUACAGGGCUACAACCUACCCCAUGCCAUCCAACGCUUGGACCUGGCCGGCAACCAUCUUACUGCCUUCCUAGCAGAGAUGAUCCUGGGCUCUGGCUUCUUAUUGCGACAGGAGGACCUGGACAUGGUGGAGAACAUCAAACAUUGUCACUGCUAUUUGGCCUCGGAUUUUGAAAAGGAACAGGCCCGUCUGGAUGAGGAGUGCAAGCAGACCCUGAAGCUGCCCGAUGGACGGACUGUCACUCUGGGGAAGGAGUUAUUCCAGUGCCCAGAGCUCCUAUUCCAUCCCCCAGAGAUUCCGGGACUGUCGCCCAUAGGCCUCCCGGCUAUGGCUGAACAGAGCCUCCUCAAGGUGCCUCCGGAGCUGCGGACCCACGUGGCCCAGAACGUCCUCCUGUGCGGAGGCUCUUCACUCUUCACCGGGCUGGAGGGUCGCUUCAGGGCAGAGUUACUGCGUUCUCUGCCCCCUGAGGACCACGUGGUGGUGAUGGCACAGCCCAACAGGAAUUUCUCCGUGUGGAUCGGGGGCUCCAUUCUGGCUUCCUUACAGGCUUUCCAGUCUUGCUGGGUCCUGCGGGAACAGUAUGAAGAAAGCGGACCCCAGGUCGUGUACCAAAAAUUCUACUAA